CCGUCGCCGUCGCCGAAUCGAUCGCCGACACUUGGCGCGCCGCGAUUUUCGUCGCGGCUGACGUAGCGACGACGCGCCGCGACGCUGUGUGGAGACCGCAUCGAUUUUAGCGAUCGGACGGCAACGGUGCUGGGCGAAGCGGCGUGUGCAACGAGAGGAGACUGCGAUGCCCAGUGUCUAGAUCCGCCGGGAGAAUCGGAAUGACGUAAGGUGGUGCACGAGCGUUCUCUGGUCCUGCCGGCUCGUCCCCCGCGGCGAGGAACAAAGGACGUCGCUGACUCGAGGCUCUCUCGGGGGAGACUACGAGGACUCGCGGGCUGUCACGCGCUCGCGCGCGCCAGACAUCUGGAUGAUACACGACAACGCGGCGCGAUUCUCAGAGGCUGCGUAGCCUCGUUGGAUCGACGUCGGCGAGGAUCGCGUUGAUCGAUGCGGCAUAGUCUCAAGGGGGCCGGCCUCGCGAACGAUCGUGAACGUGGGGUACGGCCCCGGGCGAGCUGACUAAAGGGAACCGUCCUGUCGCCGGGGCCCACGGUGGAGGGAGGGGGCCGUGGAGGAAAAAACUUGUAGCCUGAGCUCACGCUGGCAGUUUCUCCUCGUCGUCGGCCGUGCCAUCCACGAGACGCAACAUGCUCUACAUCUUUCACGUCGACACCGGCAGCACCAUCACCUUCGACAUCAGGCUGGCGCUGCAAAGUGUCAGCCAGCUGAUGGAGGCGAUCGAGAGGGAAUGUGGCGUGGUAGCGGCGCAUCAGGUGCUGCUCAUGAGCGGAGGCGAGUGCCUGGAACCGAACGCACGUGUGUGCUCCUACUCGGCUGGAACCGACACGAAUCCGAUCUAUCUGUUCAGCAAAGCCGCCAUUGAGAGCAGCCUCCCGCCCACGCCGAGUAUAGAUUACGGUUCCGAUGUCGACCUGCAGACUCAGUUCGACGCCUCGCUGGCGAUGCCGGCUACCUAUCACACCCUUUGCGCACGUGCCCAUUUGGCCCAGCAGUGCUGCGGCCUGGCGCGAGAACAGACGAGGAUCUGCGAGAGGCUGGUCCACGAUCAGCAUCUCCAGCAGCAGGGCUGGGCCGCUGUAGUCGCCAAUCUCGAGGACAUCACGCAUAUGUUUCAAACACGAGCCGACCAGUUCCAGCAGGCCUUUGUCCUGUACCUCGCCGAGAGGCAGCAGCAUAUGAAGCUUCUCGAUAACUUUAGCACCGAUCUCGGUACCCUUGCAAAAAUUCCAAUUUUGCCGGCCUUGAGAGCUCAAGCCGAAGGUUUGUUGAGUCCGGAUGAUCAACCGAGUCAAACCUCCGAAAGCGCGUCUGAGGACAGUGGAGAAGUGCUGAGUCUGCUACGAUGGAUCUCCGCGAAAGACAAUCAGAGCAGUCUGGAGCAAGUGGCUGAUCAAUGCUCGCGUGGCCUGGAGCAGUUCGAUGAACGAUUGAUGCAGGCCUUGAAGGCGGAAGUGAACGCGGCCAUCGAUAAUGCUAACAAGCAGGAUAUGAAGGAGAUCAAGGGCCUAGGUGAGAGGCUGUUUGCCCUGGAACAGCUGAUGGCGCAGACCAAGAGGCUCGUUCAAGAGCAGGGUGAGCUUGCUCAGGGUUUCCUGCAGAAUCAGAAUCGCGCGAGCAAUUUGGGCGAUGCGAGCGUCUUGCCAGAUCUUUGCAAUUCUCACCGGCGGCAAUUGCUCGUCAUGUUGCAAAAUCACAACCAGCUGCGCGACAUCCGCCGCAGAUGCACCAAGGCGAAGGAGGAGCUGUCGGUGAAUAUCUAUCAUCGCCUCAAGUGGAUUAUGUACGUGGAGAACAAGAUGGUGGAAGUGGGCAAUAAACUAAUCAUAUAUCACGAGAGCCUGAAGCGGCUGCGACGGCAUCUGGAGGUGCUCCAACAGAUCCACUUGGCUCCGCAGAUGUACAUAAGCGCGGUGGUCGAGGUGGUUAGGAGGCGCACCUUCUCGCAGGCUUUCCUCGUAUGGGCGAGCAACCUGGCUUGUCAACUGUUGACUGUUCACAGCGAAGAGUUGGCGCGUAGGCGAGAGUUUCAGAGCAAAUUCGACGGCCACUUCUUGAACACCCUCUUCCCAGGUUUGGAGGACACGCCACCGCCCUUCGCGACGCAGGCGCCUUCCGUUUUUGACAACGGGCUACCUAAGUUAACCGCGGACGACAUGGAAUCAUUGAGGUCGCAGCUUCCGGAUUUGGCGCUUACGAUUUCCACGCCGGAUUUAAGUAGCAUUACGCAAUUCUUCUUAUCCAAGAGCUUUACCGAAGGCAGCACCGAUGGCACCAAGGAGAAGGACACCACAUCGGUGAGCACCGAUAUUCCCGCAAAGGAACAAGAGCGUACUAGAGCGCCGUUGUUGUCCGACAGGGGCGAUUUCGAAUCCGAAACUGACACGGAGGAAUUCGAGAAGAUCGGUCAAGCCGGCGUGGACGUGAUCAAACCCGGCGUAUUCGACGGGGCGAAACAAAAACGGCAGAAGCAAUUGGAGGUUGGUGCCUCUCGAAGCGUGUCCCCCGCUUCCUCGACCUCGACUAACGUCUCCCCGCUAAACUCGAAAGUCGCGGACCUAACGACGCGUUCGUCCACGUCAAGCGAACCCGGCUCUUUCCAAUUUCCCAGCCUGUCCGCCACGAGCGAGCGCCCGGCACAGCUAAGUCCGCUGACCGAGUGCGUGGAGAACGGCGCCGCCGAUUCCUCCAGCUGCUUGCUUCGCAGUGGCGUGAGCGGCCUCUCCAACUAUCGCGACGCCCUACCGCUCGAGGAGCAACAUUCCCUGAGUCCGAAUCCCCCCUCCUUGCCACGGUCCUCCGUCAUGUGCGACGGCCAGCAUCAGCAACAUCAGCAUCCGCUAUCCGGUAGCGGCGGUAGCAGCAGUCCCUCCGUCGGCGUGGGUGCUACCGACUUCAUGGGUACCGAGUUUUACAUGGACGAAUCUCUGCCGAGCAGCCUCAGCGAGCAUCCCGCCGACGGUCAGCAUCAGGCUAUCGUGUCCCUCCUUCAGGAGAAUCUCGGUAACACGCGUGAGGAAGUGGAAAGGCUGCGGUCCAUCCUGAAGACCAUGAAAGCGGUCGUAUGCGAGGAGCUUAGUUCCGUUCGGAAUGAAUUGGCGAUUCUGCGAGAUCGGUCUAACGAGGACAAGAGCGGCAUCGUCGAGAUGACGGAACGCGUUCGAGUAGCAUUGUCUUUGCACUCGCGAGAGUACGAUCGACGUCUUCAAGAACGCGAGCAGGAACUGACGAUCGAGCACGAGUACGAGAUAACGGAUGUUAAGAAGCUGAUGCAGAGUCGUGAGGAAGAGAUCUGCACGCUUAAGCGUAAUCUCCUGGAAAAGGAGACCGAAUUGGCGGAACACGAGCGACUGGUAGCUACAAUGCGUCAAAAGUUGGAGGACGAACAGAUGGAGAGGAGGAACUUGCAGACUCGUCUACAUCAGCAACUCGAGGACUAUUCGAGGAUACUAGAGCAAGCGCGUAUAGACAAGGAAGAGGCUGUGAAAAAGACCAACGACGAGAGAUUCCUCGAGAUCACUUCUUUAACGAAUUCACUGACGCAAUGCCAGAAGCGAAUUCAAGAACUGGAGGAGAAUUUGGCCACCGCGCGCACCGAUCAGGAAAGAAUGGUGAAAGAGGCGACCGAUAAGUUGCAGAUGGAAUAUAAGACGGAAUUGGAAACCAUUCGGAGCCGCUUCAAACUUAUGACCGCUUCUACUAUGGAAAGGAGUCCCAGCGAUUCUAGUUUAGAAAAGAUCGAACGGGCAGACGUUAUCGAGCUCGUGAAUCAUGAAGCGAUUCUAGCGCAAGCGAGGGAAGAUAUGAAAGUUGAGAAUGCCUUGGCAGUUCGUACCGCUAUCGAAAAGGAGAGGACCGAUUGCAUGACAAAAUUGGAUAGUGAAUUAACAUUGGCCAAGGAAGUAGUCGAGGAGAAAAAUAGAGAAAUUGAAAUGUAUAGAGUGAGAACAGCUGCGCUGAUUGAACAAGGCAAGCAUUAUAAGACCAUGAUAGAUCAACUAGUUGGAGAAUUCGAAUUGAAAUCGGAGAUACAGCAAACCUUGAUGGAGAAGAUGAAAAAUCUUGAAGCGGACAAGGCGUGGUUGGAGAGCAAAGAAACCGCGGAGAAGGCAAUGCGAACGGUCCUGGAACAAAACGAAGAUAUCGUGUAUCCUCUAGAAUCUGGAGUAUGCAAGGACUUAAGCUACGAUCGGUUGGACGCCGGUCAAAUUGAUCUGGAAGAUGUGUUUAAGGAAUCUGAAAAGUACGAGGUCGAAUCGAAGAAAGUACGAUUGGAGGCUGAUGACGAUGAUCUGGCUCGGCUAUCGAGGCGACUUGAAGCUCUCGAGAGUGAUAACAAGAGGCUGUCCUGCGAGCUAAAUUCGAUACGUGCGAGUAAAGUGGCGGCCGAAGCAAAAAUGGAGGCAUUAAUGACGGAUAAAAUCCGUUUGGAGUUCGAGUUGCUGAAGGAGCGAACGAAGAAGACAUUUAGUAUCGAGUCGAUGCCGUCGGAGAGCCGCGACAAGGACAUGAAUGCGUCGGUCGCGGUAGUUUCGGACUCCAAUUCAAGUCGGGACGCGGCCACGAGUCCAGAGCCGAGUCGGCGAUCAUCUUCCAAAUCGAUAUGCUUCCACCCUUCCCUUCCCUCGUACAUACAUAAGAAAGUCGCGGAAAAAGUGGCAAAGAUGGUGCAACAGGGAAUUGUCACUGUCACUAGCUGCAAUCCAGGUGACGUGGUACUAGUAGUCUGGGAUGCUGUACACGGCAACUACGCGGUGUACCAGGAAUCUUCAACUUUUUAUUUUCUUCAUUCGGACUACGUCGACGCACUGGAGAUAAUGAAUCCGAGCGGUUCGCGGAGGUGCGUUCUCGCUGAAGUGAUCGAUAAGGAGUACUGUCACGCGAGAAAGCAUGAAAAUCGGUACCACGUCCCGCGUGGCACGAAAUUCUACAGAGUGCGCGCUAAGCCACGAGAUGCACGCGUCCUGACAGACGAGACAGGUUCUAUGUCGAAGAGUCAACUACCGUAAUUUUACGUUCAGACUGUGUCG